CCUAUGUUAUAUAUAUGCAGAGACGGAGGCAGCGGAUUCUACCUAGUACCUUCGGUCUGCGCAUGUUUGAAAAUCUCAUUUGAAGAGAGGAAGAGAGAGGAAAUGGCUUUUCUUUGUAUUGUUGUUCUAGUAAACCUAAGUCUUCUUCAAUAAAUACACCAGAACCCAAGUGUCAGUUUUGCUUUGUGUGGCAGUUUCAGAGCCAAAUACCCAGAGAAAUCAGAAAAUAGCCACCGAAGAAAGAAGAAGAGAAAAGAAAUACAUACUGCUGUUAUUAUUUUUUAAUUUAGCAACAACUACUACUGCUUGUUUAAGUUUCUUUUCAUUUUUUCUUUUCCUUUUUGAGUGGUUUCAAUGUCUUCAUAUUUCUAUCAUGACUUUGAUGACCCUUUCUACUGCCAUUCAAGCCUCGACAUGGUCUUCUCUGAUGGAGACCUUCCCUUCUUCCCCUACUCACCCCUUGAUAUUUUUCAGGCAAUUCCAGACACCCAAAACCAGCAAAAUCCAGUUAAUGAAUCCCAAUCCUUUAAUCAAUAUUCUUCUACGCUCCUCUCUUCCUCACCAAGCAAUCAAUUCGAGAGUUUGAACCUUUACCAGACAACCCAUUUGCAGUGUUUACCAAAUGGUUCUGAUUUGGCAAAUGGGUCUCGGAAUUUGUCUGGCUUGGAGGAUUUGGAGGUCAAAAAUGAAGAAUUUCAAAUGGGCUUCGAGUCUUCUUUCAACCAGGCAUUUGCUCCUCACAGUUACAGCGGUGGGGAUGAGAAUGUGGCUAAGUUGAGGCAGAGGAGCUAUAGCAGUAACUGUUUCGAUGAAAAUCCUGGUUUUCUAUAUCAGCCUCGGUUUGAUUCUUUCAUAGAAUGCUCAAAUUUUCAGAACCAGGCCUUGAGCCCCCCGGAAAAUAGCUUUUUUAGUGGACAAAUUAGGAGGGCUUGCAGCACAGGAGAUUUGCAGAGUAGUAAAGCCGAUCAUGCCACCGGCACCCACAGGUCUUUCUCAGGUCCUUUAGGGCGUUACAGUGCAGAAGAGAGAAAAGAGAAGAUUUCCAAAUACAAAGCCAAAAGAACCCAGAGGAACUUCAGAAAGACCAUUAAGUAUGCAUGCCGCAAAACACUAGCCGACAACCGACCCCGUAUACGUGGCAGGUUUGCCCGCAACGAUGAAAUCGGUGAGACUUCCAAGGCUGCAUGUUCAACCGGUAUUGAAGACGAAGAGGGUCUCUGGCUUGAAGAACUGACGAAGACAAUGGAACAGUGGGAAUGGGGACAGCCUGUGAACAGUUAUGGAGAUUCACAGUUCCAGCGCUACGGAUUUUGAUAAGUGGAAGAAUCUUUUGCUGGAGGAGCCUUCUUCGAUCACUAUAAGAAAAAUGAGCAAUUAUAACUAAUUUAUAACAACGAAAAGAAUAUUAGUAAUCAAAUUUUAUUCUUUUUAUUGCUAUAAAUUGAUCGCAAUUAUCUCUUUUUCUUAUAAUGGACUGGUUCGGAUUGCAUGAUCAGAAAGCUUUUUUUUUUCAUGUUCUUUAAUGAAGAAGUCACCAAAGGUUUCCGAGGUUAAACUUGUAUGUUGGGCAGUUAAAAGACUAGCCUGAUCAGUUACUUUAUGGUAGUUAAGGUAGUUUUUUUUUUUUGGGACGUACAUUUCUCGUCCGUAUGUGUAUGGUGACCAGUAAUUAUGAUUAAUGACUCUUUUAUCAUCUUCCAAAGUUUGAACUGAGUGAGAACUAAUUGAUGCUUUGGCUAUGGCUA